AUGGCUGCCCCAACCUCUUUCCGGGCGGUUUACAAGCGCCUGGGCGAACAAGAAAUCGAUCUCGAUGUUUACCUUCCGCCUCUUGGGCCCAGCGGGACGAAAUACCCAGCAAUCAUCAACAUCCACGGCGGCGCCUUCAUGCUAGGAUCUUCCGACCUCGUCAACAAGGACCAGGUCCAGGACUGUCUCGAUCGGGGCUGGAUCGUGCUCGUCCCCAACCACCGCCUGUGUCCCCAGGUUAACCUCCUCGAGGGCCCGAUGCGCGACUGCCGCGAUCUCUUGGCCUGGAUCCACGACGGUGGGCUGGACAGGGCCGUUACCGCGCACGCGGAAACUCCUUACGCUAUCGACUACGAUGCCAUCCUAGCCUUUGGCACUUCGUCUGGUGGCACGUUGGCUCUGAGCCUGCCGCCAUCUACGACAUGUACGGUCCCGCCCACUUCGCCGACCCCCAUUGACCACGCCCUUACCCCAAGUCGCGCCCCGCUGUCCACCGACCUCCCGCCCUCCUUCUUCCAGCCCAUGUGGGACCAAUCUCCCGUCCCCACGCGCGGCGUCGUCUCCCUCGAGGGCCAGACUGUCGGUGGCGCCCCGGAUUUCAAUGACCCGAGGCAGGCCUUUGCCUUUACCCAGAUCAAGAAGGGUGCCGUCCUCGACGCCAUCUUCCCUUCCCGCGACUGGGCCAAGGUGGAUCCCCUCCUCAACGUCACCUCGGCCUUCCCGCCCACCGUGCUCGUCCACGGCGACCAGGACGUCAUGGUGCCGCUGUCCCUCAGCCGCGACUUGCACGAGGCGCUGCGCCGCCAGGGUGUCAGGUGCGAGCUGGUCUUGGUCGAGGGCGAGGGCCACACGUUUGCGGCCAAGAUGAAGAUGACCAAGGACGACAAAGACAAAGCCUCCCUCCGUCACAUCGACACCACCGUCACUGGCGAUGCCGAUAACUAUGGCCCCAAGGGCGGGGUUACCAUGGCCGAGGUGAACUCCAUCAGCGCGUGGCAGAGCAUCAAGCUGAACCCCAAGAUCGUGUUUUGGUCGCUCUUUGCCAACAUCGGUUCCAUCGUCGUCGGUUAUGAGAACCUCGCGCUCGCCGUCUGCUUGGCCAUGCCCGCCUUCCAGCACACCUUCGCCGUCGAGGUCAAUGGCGUCUUCAUCAUCCCCGCCUCGUGGCAGGCCGCCUGGAACGCCAUGUACAACGUCAUGAUCAUGUUCGGCGGCUUCUUCGCCGGCUACGUCCAGGACGCCCUCGGCCGCCGCGCCGUCUUCAUGCUCUUCAUCCCCAUCUCCGUCGCCGGUAUCGCCAUCGCCUUCGUCUCCAACAACGCGGCCCACUUCCUCGGCGCCAAGAUCGUCACCGGUUUCGCCGUCGGCCUCAUCCUGACCACGACCCAGACGUACAUUUCCGAGAUUGCGCCUCUGCCCAUGCGUAGCAUCGCCUUGUCGGCCAACACCGUCAUGAUGAACUUGGGCUUCCUCAUCGCCAUCUCCGCCACUUUCAGCCGCGUCGCCAUCAUGAACGAAUCCGCCUUCCGCGUCGUCUUCGCCGCCGCCUGGGCCUUCCCCGCCAUCCUCGCCCUCGGCGCCCGCGACAGCCUCGUGCGCCUGCACAGCAAGUCCACCGAUGUCGCCAUCAUCGACGCCCGCUUCCGCGAAAUCGUCGACACCGUCGAGUCCGAGCGCCGCCUCGCCGCCUCCAGCGGCCAGGCCAGCUUCAUGGACACCCUGCGCGGGACCAACUGGCGCCGCACCCGCAUCAUCUUCAUCUGCUUCUACAUGCCCCAGGUCGUCGGCGCCGUCUUGUCCGCGAACGCGCCCUAUUUCCUCAACCAGACCGGUCUCGAGAGCCAUACCGUCAUCAUGAUUAUCCAGGUCGGCAUCAGCGCCGGCGUGGUGUCCGCCCUCCUCAACUUCUUCCUCCUCACCAAGUUCCGCCACAGGCCCCUCAUGUUCUCCGGCGUCGGCCUCUGCGUCAUCAUGUACCUCAUCAUGGGCAUCUUUGGCACCAUGGAACGCACCCCGCGCAACCUCUUGGCCAUCGGUAUCGCUCUCCAGUUCACCUCCCUGUCCUACGGCCCCGCGGUCGGCGCCUCCAUGGCCGUCGCCGGCGAGGUGUCCUCGUCCCGCCUUCGUUCCAAGUCCCUCGGUAUCGGUACUGGCUGGCAGUUCCUCGCCUCCACCGUCUGGACCAUCAUCCUGCCCUACCUCUUUAACCAGGACCAGGCCAAUCUUGGUGGCAAUAUCGGCUGGAUCUUCUUCGGCCAGGGCCUCUUGAUGCUGCUCGUCAUGUUCUUCGACGUGCCCGGCACCAAGGGCAGGACCUACGAGGAACUUGACAUCAUGUUUGAGAAGAAGAUUUCAGCCAGGAAGUUUGAGAAGUUCUCGUUUGAGGAGGAGCAGAGCCACAGCGCAUAG